AUGAGGCCCUCCACCAGCGCUGCCAAGCGGCAGCGGAAGGCGGUGCCGCUCGGCGACGUCACCAACCUCCUCCGCCCCGAGACCCCGACCCCGAUCAAGCCCCGAAGGACUGCACGCCGGCCCCUCCCGGCGCCCUCCGACGCCUCCGCUGUCUCCUCCACCUGCUCCUCCUCCGCCUCGGUCACGCCGGCACUCAAGCCAUAUUCCUCCGCGUCGGCCAGGCCCGCGCCCGAGCCUUCCUCCUCCGCCCCGGUCACGCCCGCGCCCCAACCGUCGUCCUCCGCCACGGUCACGGCCGCGCCCAAGCCGUCCUCCACCGCCUCGGCCACGCCCGCGCUCGAGCCGUCCUCCGCCACCACGGUCACGCCCGCGCCCAAGCCGUCCUUCGCCGCCGUCCUCGACGAGGUGGGGAGCGUUUUCGAAUCGCCGACCAUCUGCACGGUUUACGCGAGGCGCAGGACUACCGAGGCUGAGGCUGAGGCCGAGGGACGGAUCAACCCCACCAUCACCAACAAGGGCAAGGAACCUGUCGGUGCUGCGGCAAGUUGCCCGCCUCUUGGAAAAUCCACGAAGAAUAUCAGGAAAAAGGAUACUCGGCCCAUCUCUUCGUCAGCUACUUGUCGUGAAGCUAAAAAGGAACGCCCCCUGGCAAGGACACCCAAGUUACCAGAAGAAUUUGUCAAGAAGCAGAGAGCAUACUUUGCAGAUGUGGAUGCCUUUGAACUGGCGGAGGAGGAAGUAUCAGAAUCUGAGCUGGAGUGA